AUGCGGUUCUCACCUUCAAAAAAUUUCAUAAAACGGUUCUGCGUGGAGGACUUUCAUACAAGUAAUGAAACCCAAAGUGGUUUCUUCUCUACCGAUCUCCUGCCAUCACUUGGAGCUCGAAUUAACCAGGAAACAAAACUCAGAAAAUACAUAAUUUCCCCAUUCAACCCGCGAUAUAGGGCCUGGGAGAUGUUUCUUGUUCUCUUGGUCAUUUAUUCAGCCUGGAUUUCUCCAUUUGAGUUUGCAUUUUUGCGUUACAAGAAAGAUGCCCUGUUCAUCAUAGACAACAUUGUCAACAGUUUCUUCGCCAUCGAUAUUUUUCUCACCUUCUUUGUGGCAUAUCUUGAUAGCCAAUCUUAUCUUCUAGUUGAUAAUCGUCGAAAAAUAGCAAUAAGGUAUCUAUCCACCUGGUUCAUCUUUGAUGUCUGCUCAACGAUACCAUUUCAAUCCAUCAGCCUCCUAUUCACGAAUCACAGCGAUGUAUUAUGCUUUCAAUUUCUCAGUAUGCUUCGACUUUGGCGUCUCAGAAGAGUCAGUUCCCUGUUUGCACGACUUGAAAAGGACAUCCGAUUCAACUAUUUCUGGACUCGCUGCACAAAGCUCAUCUCUGUGACUUUGUUCGCAGUACAUUUUGCUGGGUGCUUUAACUACAUGAUAGCAGAUAGAUAUCCAGAUCCAAAAAGAACUUGGAUUGGUGCUGUUAAUCCAAAUUUCAAAGAAAUAAGCCUUUGGGACAGAUAUAUAACUGCAAUUUACUGGUCUAUAGUGACACUAACCACAACAGGCUAUGGGGAUUUGCACGCUGAGAACCCAAGAGAGAUGUUGUUUGAUAUCUUUUACAUGCUAUUCAAUCUGGGAUUGACAUCUUACCUCAUAGGGAACAUGACAAACCUUGUAGUUCAUUGGACCAGCCGCACCAGAAACUUUAGAGAUACCAUUAGAGCUGCUUCAGAAUUCACAAAACGGAACCAUUUGCCUCCACAUAUACACGAGCAACUUCUGUCACAUAUAUGUCUCAAAUUCAAAACAGAAGGAUUCAAACAGCAAGAGGCCCUUAAUGGACUGCCCAAGGCCAUUUGUUCCAACAUUGCUCACUAUCUAUUUUACCCCAUUGUUCAAAAUGUCCAUCUCUUCCAAGGUGUUUCACAAGACUUCCUUUUCCAACUGGUCCCAGAAUUGGAAGCCGAGUAUUACCCUCCAAAAGAAGAUGUGAUUUUGCAGCAUGAGGCCCCAACAGAUUCAUAUAUACUUGUCUCAGGGGAAGUGGAACUAAUUGCAAGUAUUGAUAGGCAUGAUCAAGUCCUAAGAAAGGCUAAAUCAGGGGAAAUGUUCGGAGAAAUAGGGGUUCUAUGUGGAAAGCCUCAGCCGGCUGGUGUCCGAACCACUGAACUUUCUCAAAUACUACGACUGAACAGGACAGCAUUACUAAACAUUCUUCAGGCAAAUCCAGCAGACAAACACACUAUUAUGAACAAUCUUUUCCUGAAACUCGGCAGAUGGAGGAGCAUUGACAUCGAGGGUUAUCACGAUCCAACUUUGAUCCACAGUAACUGGCUUGAUAAAACUAAAGGCACUUAUGACCCAAUGUUGAGCCAUGAAAAUAAAAGAAAUUUAGAUGAGUACAAAAUCGACUUAUCAGGGACAGAAAUGGGUGAAACAACCAGGAUUAGUCAGAAUACAGAAAAUGGGGCUGAUAUUUAUGCCAACAGUCAUCAAGGGAUACAAACAUAUAUUAGCUCAAGCAGUUUAAGCUAUCCCAACAGUGAAGAUGCUUUACAAUCAGCCAAGAAGAGAGUUACCAUUCACAUGAAGUUUCAAAAUGACAAAAUUACACUAAAGCAGUUUGGGAAGCUAAUAAUUCUACCUGAUUCACUAGAAAUGCUAUUAGAAAUAGCAGGUCAUAAGUUUGGAGACUACAAUUUCACAAAAGUUGUAAAUGCAGAGAAUGCAGAAAUUGAUGACAUAAGUGUUAUCCGUGAUGGGGAUCAUUUGUUUCUACUGCCGAGCUAG